AUGACUAAACAAUUGGGAAAUAUUGUUGGGGAAUUCAUGGAGACAGACCAAAAGAAAGCUAACAGGUUUGGAAAAUUUCUGAGGAUCAAAGUUAAAGUAGACUUGAGGAAACCCCUCAAGAGGGGUACGGUUCUGAAAUAUCAAGACAAGUGUUUGAAAGUGUUCUUCAAAUAUGAGCGGCUACCAACUUUCUGCUUUAUUUGCGAUAAGAUUGGCCAUCAACUCAAAGAUUGUAAGGAAAUCGGGGAGGGAGGAGUGGAAGGUUUUGAGGAAAUCGAAGAACAAGAUCUUUCUUUUCGGCCUUGGUUGAGGGCCUCUCUGUUACCAAGAAAUGUGGAUGAAGGGAGAAAAGAACCAAGUUCGGGGAGUGUCAGUAGGAAUUUAUUCAAGUCUUCAGGCAACAUAAAAUUCAGUGUUACUAACCAAGGAAUAGGUGAGUCCUUUGUGAAAGAUAAGAGGCAAAAGCAGUUGAUCCAAGAAGAAAGGGGGGUGGUGAAAGAGGGGAUGGUAGGAGGGAGUGGUAGUAAGGAGCUUGAGAGUGUGGAGGAAUCUCUUGUCGUGGUGGUUAUUUCGAAUAGAAAAGAUUUGGGCAAAGAGGGUCCAGACAUGAACAAAAAGGUGCCCCCAAAAUGGAAACGACAAAAAGGAACUAAAGGGAAGAUUAUAAAUAAUGCAAAGAAGGUGGAAGCUGAGCUAAAUAAGAGACAACUCAUGGAAGUCAGAGUUACCAAUGGUACCUCUAUGGACAUUGAGAGAAAAGAUAAGAAGAGAAUGCAAGAGAAGGAGGGAGACACAAAUAUCAAGUUGCCAGAGGUGGUGUUAGAGGCCCAACACUGCCUAGCCUAA